CAUGUAAUUAGAAUGCCCGGACAGGAGUGGAAAGACUCACUCUUUCAUAUUCUUCUUUUUAGAUCUUGGAUGAGUUUUGCAAUGUGAAGUUCUGCAUAGAUGCCAGUCAACCAGAUGUAGGAAACUGGCUCAAAUAUAUCAAGUUUGCUGGAUGCUACAAUCAGCACAACCUUGUUGCAUGUCAGAUAAGCGAUCAGAUAUUCUACAGAGUUGUAGCAGAUAUUGAACCUGGAGAGGAGCUGUUACUGUUCAUGAAGAGUGAAGAUUAUUCACAUGAAGCGAUGGCUCCAGACAUUCACGAGGAGCGGCAGUAUCGCUGCGAGGACUGCGACCAGCUCUUCGAGUCCAAGGCGGAGCUCGUAGACCACCAGAAGUUCCCCUGCAGCACACCUCACUCUGCCUUCUCCAUGGUGGAGGAGGACUUCCAGAAAAAGCUCGACACCGAGAGCGACCUUCGGGAUGUGCAUGAAAUCCAGGAAUGUAAAGAGUGCGAUCAAGUCUUCCCAGACUUACAAAGCCUGGAGAAGCACAUGCUGUCACACAGCGAGGAGAGGGAGUACAAGUGCGACCAGUGCCCCAAAGCCUUUAACUGGAAGUCCAACUUGAUACGUCACCAGAUGUCGCAUGACAGCGGGAAGCACUACGAGUGUGAAAACUGUGCCAAGCAGGUUUUCACGGACCCCAGCAACCUUCAGAGGCAUAUUCGUUCCCAGCAUGUUGGGGCUCGUGCUCACGCUUGUCCAGAGUGUGGCAAAACCUUUGCCACUUCUUCGGGCCUCAAACAGCAUAAACACAUCCACAGCAGUGUCAAACCUUUUAUAUGUGAGGUCUGCCAUAAAUCCUAUACUCAGUUUUCAAACCUUUGUCGUCAUAAGCGCAUGCAUGCUGAUUGCAGAACCCAAAUCAAGUGCAAAGACUGUGGACAAAUGUUCAGCACUACGUCUUCCUUAAAUAAACACAGGAGAUUUUGUGAGGGCAAGAACCAUUUUGCAGCAGGAGGAUUUUUUGGCCAAGGCAUUUCACUUCCUGGAACCCCAGCUAUGGAUAAAACGUCCAUGGUUAAUAUGAAUCAUGCAAAUCCGGGCCUUGCUGACUAUUUUGGAGCCAAUAGGCAUCCUGCUGGUCUUACCUUUCCAACAGCUCCUGGAUUUUCUUUUAGCUUCCCUGGUCUGUUUCCUUCAGGCUUGUACCACAGGCCACCUUUGAUACCUGCUAGUUCUCCUGUUAAAGGACUACCAAGCGCAGAUCAGACAAACAAAAGUCAAAGUCCCCUCAUGACCAAUCCUCAGAUACUGCCAGCUACACAGGAUAUUUUGAAGGCACUAAAUAAGCAACCAUCUGUAGGUGAAAAUAAGCCAGUGGAGCUUCAACCAGAGAGGUCCUCUGAAGAGAGGCCGCAUGAAAAACUCAGUGACCAGUCAGAGAGUAGUGACCUUGACGAUGUCAGUACCCCCAGUGGCAGUGACCUGGAAACCACCUCUGGCUCUGAUCUGGAAAGUGACAUUGAAAGUGAGAAAGAGAAAUUUAAAGAAAAUGGUAAAAUGUUCAAAGACAAAGUAAGCUCUCUGCAGAAUUUGGCUUCAAUAAAUAAUAAGAAAGAACACAGCAAUCAUUCCAUUUUCUCACCAUCUUUAGAGGAGCAGACUGCGGUGUCAGGAGCUGUGAAUGAUUCUAUAAAGGCUAUUGCUUCUAUUGCUGAAAAAUACUUUGGUUCAACAGGACUUGUGGGGCUGCAAGACAAAAAAGUCGGAGCCUUACCUUACCCUUCCAUGUUUCCCCUCCCAUUUUUUCCAGCAUUCUCUCAAUCAAUGUAUCCAUUUCCUGAUAGAGACUUGAGACCGUUACCCUUGAAAAUGGAGCCCCAAUCACCCAGUGAAAUUAAGAAGAUCCCAAAGGGAAGCUCUGAGUCUCCCUUUGACCUCACCACUAAGCGUAAGGAGGAGAAGCCAGUUACUCCUAUACCCUCAAAGCCAUCAGCUCCAUCUGUGACAAGCCAGGACCAGCCUCUAGAUCUCAGCAUGGGCAGCCGAAGUCGAGCCAGUGGCACAAAACUCGCCGAGCCUCGGAAAAACCACGUCUUUGGUGACAAGAAAGGAGACCCCGAACAAAGGAAAGCUUCCGAGUCUUCUUUGCAGCAUGCCAGACCAACCCCGUUCUUUAUGGAUCCCAUUUACAGAGUAGAGAAAAGAAAGUUAACUGACCCGCUCGAAGCUUUAAAAGAAAAAUACUUGAGACCUUCCCCAGGAUUCUUGUUUCAUCCACAAAUGUCGGCGAUUGAGAACAUGGCCGAGAAGCUGGAGAGCUUCAGCGCCCUGAAGCCAGAGGCCAGCGAGCUGAUCCAGUCGGUGCCAUCGAUGUUCAACUUCCGAGCGCCUCCGAGCGCCCUGCCGGAAAACCUGCUGCGCAAGGGCAAGGAGCGCUACACCUGCAGAUACUGUGGCAAGAUCUUCCCGAGAUCUGCAAACCUAACCCGUCACCUAAGGACGCACACUGGAGAGCAGCCCUAUAGAUGCAAGUACUGUGACAGGUCCUUUAGCAUAUCUUCUAACCUGCAGAGACAUGUCCGCAACAUCCACAAUAAAGAGAAGCCCUUCAAAUGUCACUUGUGUGACAGGUGUUUUGGUCAGCAAACAAAUCUGGACAGACAUCUAAAAAAGCACGAGAACGGCAACAUGUCUGGUACUGCAACAUCUUCACCUCACUCAGAACUUGAAAGCACAGGGGCAAUCCUAGAUGACAAGGAAGAUUCCUACUUCACAGAAAUUAGGAAUUUCAUUGGGAACAGCAACCACAACAAUCAAUCCCCUAGAAGCUCAGAGGAGAGAAUGAACGGCAGCCACUUUAAGGAUGAGAAAGCCAUGGUCGCCAGCCAGAACUCAGAUUUGUUGGAUGACGAGGAGGCAGAAGAUGAAGUAAUGAUGGACGAAGAAGAUGAAGAAACUGAAAUUGCCGGGAAAGCAGUGAAAGAACCUGUUACAAGUGACAUACAUGAGGGGACUCCAGAGGAAGACUACGAGGAAACGAGUACUUUGGACAUGAACUGCAAGGCUUCCCCUGGCAGGUAUAAGGAGGAGGAGUACAAUAAGACUGGACUUUCAGCUUUGGACCACAUAAGGCACUUCACAGAUAGCCUCAAGAUGAGGAAAAUGGAAGAAAAUCAAUACAACGAAGCUGAACUGGCAGCUUUCAAUAAUUCCCAGCUGCCGGAGGACUUGAAACAACCGUUGUACAGGAAAUCCAAAUCCCAGGCCUACGCCAUGAUGCUGUCUCUCUCCGACAAGGACUCCCUGCAUUCCGCAGCCCACAGUUCUCCCAACAUGUGGCACAGUAUGGCGAGAGCUGCCGCCGAAUCCAGCGCCAUCCAGUCCAUCAGUCACGUAUGACGGUGCGAAGGCUGACCAAGAAUGGGACCAAGUCCAAACCAGUAGCAUGGCUCUUUCGUAUAUGACUAUUUAAAAGACUGCUGAGCAGAAUGCCUUAUAAAUCUGCAGGGUCACUCAUUUAAAGUCUGGUGACCUUAAACUGAAUAAUUUUAAAAAGAAAGAAACUAUUUAUUCUCAAUAUUUUGUUUUGCACAGCAAAGGCAGCUGCUGACUUCUCGAGGAUCAAUGCGACUUAAAAAAUAAAAAGUUUCGGUGGAUUAUGUAAACCGGGGCCGGGAAAAAGUGUCUUCCAGUUCACCCGGCUUUGAGGAGCAGGGGCAAAAGGGUUAAGACUGCAUUGACACACACAUGGGCACUCCUUUAAAGUAGUAACUGAAUUGAUUUUCUUUUUGUAUAAUAUAGUUUGACACAGGAUUGGGAACAGUUGCUUUUAUGUACAAAUCUCUUCAUUAAGGCUUUAUGCAUUUUAGCCCUUCAAAGAAAGAAAAUAGUUCUAUGAAAUGCACACUCUCCAUCCUAAACGUAGAAGCGAGUAACCGGGAAUGUUUUGUUCUCUCCAUAAUUCUUUUGCCUUCUCCACUGCAUUGUUAAAAAAAAGGAAAAACAAGAAAAAAAAAAAGAACUGUGAGAAACAAUUCAUAAGAGGCUUGUGUAUAUUGUAAACUAUGAAUGUUCACUACUCCAAGAAGCUAAAUCAUCCAGCUAAUUCCGUGAAAGCACCAUGUUCAUCGUCAGUACCACUAGUUCCAAUCGUUGUAAGGAGAUUUUAAUUUUAGACAAUCAUGUCGCUAUUUUGUUGUAUCGUUUCCUUCCCCCUCCCCUCUAAUUUCUUCUUUGUGUUGUGUGUACCAUGUAUUUAUUUGUUGGCAAACAAUUGUUUGUUGAUUAAAAUAGCACUGUUCCGAUAACAAACAGCACUGCUCCAGUCCCCCACUGCUUCAUGAUGCAGGCACCCAUGUACUUCAAAAUAAGUGAGGUGAACUGAUCUGUGUAUAUGGGAGUGCAAAACAGUGUUUGAAAUUUUCUUACAUUCCUCUUUUAUUUUAUUUUUUUUCCUUUUAAUGAACUAAAUAACUAAUAGAUGCGACUUAGUUUUUUUUGUAAUACAGUAAAUUGAUUCAAUUGUAUAAACAGUUAUAAUUUCUUCAUGAAAGCAUGAUUCUUCUGAUUAAAAACUGUACCCAAUAUUUUAUGCUGGUUGUCUGCGAGCUUGUGUGAUGUUAUGUUCAUGUUAAUCCUAUUUGUAAGAUGAAGUGUUCCAAAUUUAUGUUUAAAAAAAAUAAAUAAAUAACGGAAGGUAUUCAGUUAUUUUUUCGGGGUUCUUUUUUUUUUUUUUUUUUGGCCUUUAGUGAGGGACCAGAUUUAUUUUUUCCUUUUGUUUAUAAUCUCAUUUUGGAAUAAUCGGCAAGUUGAGGUACUUUCUUUAAAUGCUUUGUACAAUGUAACUGUUACGCAUUUCAGUACAUUACUAUGGGAGGAUCGAGUUAAAAAAAAAAGAAAAAAAAGAAAAUAAAGGACUACAAAACUG